CCGCCCCCUCGGGCCGCCACGUCCCGCACGUAGCGCCGGGCCCAGGGAACCCGGCAGGCGCCCGGGCUCGCCAUGCGGCUGGUGCGGCUGGUGCGCGGGGCCGCCUCGGCCGGCCGGGCCGCCCGCCCCUGCGCCCGGCGCGGCCUCACGUCGAACGCGGGCGCCGAGCGCAGCGUGCCGGGCCAAGUGGACUUCUACGCGCGCUUCUCGCCGUCGCCGCUUUCCAUGAAGCAGUUCCUAGACUUCGGAACUGUGAAUGCCUGCGAGAAGACCUCCUUUAUGUUCUUACGGCAGGAGUUGCCCGUUCGGUUGGCAAACAUAAUGAAAGAAAUAAGUCUUCUUCCAGAUAAUCUUCUCAGGACUCCAUCAGUUCAGUUGGUUCAAAGCUGGUAUAUCCAGAGCCUUCAGGAACUUCUUGAAUUUAAAGAUAAAAGUGCUGAAGAUGUUAAAAUUAUAUAUGACUUUACAGAUACUGUGAUACGCAUCAGGAACAGACACAAUGAUGUCAUUACCACGAUGGCCCAAGGUAUUAUCGAAUAUAAGGAGAGCUUUGGGGUGGAUCCUGUUACCAGCCAGCAUGUUCAGUACUUUUUGGACCGUUUCUACAUGAGCCGCAUUUCCAUUCGAAUGUUACUCAAUCAGCACUCCUUACUUUUUGGUGGAAAAGGAAGUCCAUCUCAUCGAAAGCACAUUGGAAGCAUAAAUCCGAACUGCAACGUUGUUGAAGUUAUAAAAGAUGGCUAUGAAAAUGCCAGGCGUCUGUGUGAUUUGUAUUACAUCAACUCUCCUGAACUAGAACUUGAAGAAUUAAAUGCCAAAUCACCAGGACUGCCCAUACAAGUGGUUUAUGUACCAUCCCAUCUCUAUCACAUGGUGUUUGAGCUUUUCAAGAACGCCAUGAGAGCCACGAUGGAGUAUCAUGCCGACAGCGGGGUCUACCCACCCAUUCGGGUCCAUGUCACGCUGGGUAAGGAGGACCUGACGGUGAAGAUGAGUGACCGAGGAGGUGGUGUUCCUCUGAGGAAGAUCGACAGACUCUUCAACUACAUGUACUCCACAGCGCCCCGGCCUCGUGUCGAGACGUCCCGAGCCGCGCCCCUGGCUGGUUUUGGCUAUGGACUGCCCAUCUCUCGUCUCUAUGCCCAGUACUUCCAAGGAGACCUAAAGCUGUAUUCCCUGGAGGGCUACGGGACUAACGCCAUUAUCUACAUUAAGGCGCUGUCCACGGAGUCCGUAGAGAGGCUCCCGGUGUACAACAAGGCAGCCUGGAAGCAUUACAAUACCAACCACGAGGCUGACGACUGGUGUGUCCCCAGCAGGGAGCCGAAGGACAUGACCACCUUUCGCAGCGCCUAGAGACCCAGAAAAUCCUCAAGUGGCAUCGCGAUCCAGUCUGUUGCAUCCAGACUGAGUUGGAACCACAUUGGACCAAAUUCUUCACCUGUCGCUAUCACUGUGAACUAUUUGAGCAGAAUCAACGGACAGAAAAUCCCCUGCAAUGGGGAUUUUCCUAAAGGAUGGAACCAUGCCUCUUUGACUUGCAUGUUCUCAGUUAAUUGAAUGCAGUUUGGGUCAGAUUUCCUCUGUAUGAUGGGGGAACAUUAGGAAUAUGGAAAUCAGUUUUUUGGAUUUCAACAAGAAAUUGAUGUUUUGGGGCAGGAGCAAUAGUACAAUGGGUAGGGGCGCUUGCCUUGCACGCAGCCAAACCCAGGUUCAGUCCCUGGCAUCUCAUGUGGUUCCCCAAGCACCACUAGAGGUAACCCCUGAGUAUCACCAGAUAUGGCCCAAAAAAUCACUGUCACUGUCCUUCCAUCGUUCAUCAGUUUGCUCGAGUGGGCCCAGUAACGUCUCCAUUGUGAGACUUGUUGUUACUGUGUUUGGCAUAUCGAAUACAUCACAGGUAGCUUGCCAGACUUUGCCAUGCAGGUGAGAUACUCUCAGUCGCUUGCUAGGCUCUCCAAGACGGGCAGAGGAAUUGAACCCGGACCCGUCAGAUCGGCCACGUGCAAGGCAAAUGCCCUACCCGUUGUGCUAUCGCUCCAGCCCCAAAAAAAUAAAAUUUAAAAAAAGAAAAAGAAAAGAAAGAAAAACUAUUUCAAAAUACUUUUUAUUUAUGUCUGUCCUUCAGAAGCAUUUUCUUUAAUAACACUGAUUGCCUCGUCAGCCCUUGGUCUAGUUUUCGGAUGAGAUCUGCCAUCUAGUUUUGAGUCACAGCAGCUAUGAAAAGAGGGUCUUCAGCCCAGAGAGAGGGGUUAGUGACUUCUUGCAAGUGCAAAGCCCUGAAUUAAAACCCGGGGCCACCUGCACAUGCUCAAAUGAUCCUCACAGCCUGAGUCCCACCUGGCCCCAGAAAGAGGGUUUUUAGGUUUAUAAGUGAAGAAA